ACACACACACACACAUACACACGGCAUAAGCCGCCGCCCGUAGCACAAGGCUAGAGGGGGGAAAGACAACUACACGCCACGGAGUAUGAGCGCCUUCCUGCGCGAGCACUUCCCGGAGCUUCACCGCGCCGGGCCGGACGCCCCGGCCGGGCCCGGGGAGUCGCAGCCUCCUGCGGCCACCACCCGCCCGGCCGAGGUGGGCCCCGACGGGCUGACGUAUGCCGACGUGUCGGGCGAGGCGUCGGCCCCGGCCAAUGGGGCGGAUGCCGACACCAAAAAGAAGCGCACCCUCUUCAAGGUGGACACGCAGCUGCUGACCGGGCCGAAUGGCGUGGGCCUGCUGCGGGAGAUGCUGCUGCACCGGUUCCCGCCGGAGCCCGGCCUUGAGGCCGGCUCGGAGUCGGACCCGGAGCACGAGCCGGAGCACGAGCCGGCUGCCGAGUCGGCCGACGGGGAGUACCCCCUGCCGCGCAUCCGCCGGGCGCCGAUUCCCGGGCCGCACCUGGGCCUGGCACCGAGUGGCGACCCGGCCGGCGGCAAGCGCCGGGUCUCCCGAACGGCCGUCCGGCGGGAUCUGUCGCGCCUGCUGAAGGUGUACUCGCUGUGGGUGCAUGCGGCGGCCGGCCGGCGGCGGACGCUGCGGGACUUUGCGCGGGACUGCGCGCGCCUCGGCGCCGACUCCGCCGGCCAGGCCAUGAUCUAUGCCUGGCGGCUGGACCCCCGGACGGCGGGGCUGGGCCCGGCGCCGGGGCUGGCGGAGGCGGACCGCCGGGCGGCCGGCACCCCGGCCCCGGCCCCGGCCCCGGCCCCGGCCGCCGAUGGUGGCCCGCACGCCGGGUUCGAGUAUGACCAGGAGCUGGCCGAAUGGGAGGCGGCCCUGAAUGGGCCAUCGCCCCGGGUGGCGGGGGCCGACGCCGGCGGCGACGGCGAUGGCGCCGGGUCUGCCGCCGCCGCCGCCCCGCUGAGCCUCCAGCAGCAGGUGGACCUGAACCGGCGCCGCGCGGCGUCGCUCAUGUCGCUGCGGCUGACGGACCCGGGCGAUCCGCGGGUCUUCGCGUCGGACUACCUGGCCGGGUUGGUGGAGGAUUCGCCGGCCGGGCGGGCUGCCGCCCCCGGGAGCCGGGGCGAGCCGGCGCGCGUGCUGGCUCCCGACGGCGCUCUCCCGAACGGCGGCGGCGGCGGCCCGGGGGCCGAGCAGUACCCCUCGGACUUCGACCUGGAGCAGGCGGGCCUCGACGGGCUGUUUGACGAUGAGCCGGAUCUGCCGGACUACGACUUCGACAUGGAGUUCAUGUGA